CAGGCCGCUGAUGUGACGCAUGGAGCCGAACGCUGAUUUAGAAUUUUAGACAGUUGACCAUUGGACCACGUUAUGAGCAAAGAUUUUUAUUUUUAUGCGAUUGUAACCUAAAAGAAACUUAAGACAGAUGGAUUUCUAUUAUACAGAGAAACGUCCAGUGUCAGCUGAGACCUGGCCAAAGACAUCCUGCUCCUACUCACUAAGAUCACACAAGGUGAAUCCUCUGAAAAAGAAAAGGGUGCAUUUUCUUUUAGAAGAGAUUGAGUCCCAGCUCAGUGGGUGGCCAAAUAACAAGAAGAGAACAAACUCUAUACUAAAAGGUCCAGUGUCAGCUGAGACCUGGCCAAAGACAUCCUGCUCCUACUCACUAAGAUCACACAAGGUGAAACUCGACGAGAGACCAAAUAAAAGGAGGAGAACAAACUCUAUACUAACAGGUCCAGUGUCAGCUGAGACCUGGCCAAAGACAUCCUGCUCCUACUCACUAAGAUCACACAAGGUGAAUCCUCUGAAAAAGAAAAGGGUGCAUUUUCUUUUAGAAGACACUGAGUCCCAGCUCAAUAAGAGACCAAAUAAAAGGAGGAGAACAAACUCUAUACUAAAAGUUCCACCGUCAGCUGAGACCUGGUCAGAGACAUCCUGCUCCUACUCACUGAAAUCACACAAGGUGAAUCCUCUGAAAAAGAAGAGUGUGGAUCGUCCUAAAAAAAAGAUGCCCCAGAAACAGAAGAACACAGAAAGAGAACAAAACAACUUACAGAAAGUAAAGGAACAUGAAAAGGGACAGAAUCUAGAGACACGUUGGUUGGAAAUGAAAGAAUUGCUUUCAACCUACUCAGAGCCGCCGACCUCCCACAGCUCAGAUGAAGAUGAUCUCGGCGAUCUACCCGACCCCCGGUCCGACAAACUGCCGGAUGAUUUCUCUAAUCGCUAUACUAUUGGAGAACUUCUGGGCAAAGGAAGCUACGCUAAAGUGUACACGGGUGUUCGGAAAACAGACGGAGGACAGGUGGCCAUUAAAUACCUGUUAAAGGGAUACGUGGAUUAUUUCACUCUUCCUGGUGACACACACAGUCUUCCUCAUGAGGGGGUGCUAAUGGAGCUCGUGUCAAAACCACGUUGCAGCCCGUUUGUGAUAAAACAACUCGAAUGGUUCGAGACGGCCGCGGGUUUCCUCUUGAUCAUGGAGCAGCCACACAACUUUAUCACCCUCGGAAAGUUUCGGAAAGGCCUAAAAGGCAGAAUGUCUGAAGACGUGGCUCGAAUCAUCAUGCGUAAAAUCAUUCGGGCUUUAAUUCACUGCCGGGACAACGGUGUGAUCCAUGGAGACAUUAAAGAAGCCAACAUUCUCCUGAACCCUGAGACCCUGGAUUUGAAGUUGAUCGACUUUGGCCGUGCCAGAUUGAUCUACAGAAGGUUCUACAAGUUUGGAGUCUUUCCGAUUCCCCUUCCAUCUCUUUGGGUAUCUGAGUUUUAUCCCUGGGAGUUGUCUUCUACUGUCCGCGGUCUGGGUUCUCUUCUUUAUACCCUGACAUGUGGAAAAAACAUUCCAAAUAAUCCCCUCCCUUUGUACAUCGGUGGUCUGUCUAAAGCCUGCUCUAUGCUGAUACAUGGAUGUCUGCACAAAGACAAUGAAAAACUACCAUUUUAUGAGCUGAUUUUGUGGGACAAAUGGUCCCAAGUCAAGCCUAAAGGUCUACAUCUCGCACUGCUCCAGACGCAAGCUGACGAUCACCUCCCGAAGAUGGAAAAGAAAGGAGUUAUCAGAAGAUGGAGUAGAAUCCCUGCAGUAAAUGACAAGAAGCACAUAAAUACAGAAGAAGACCUGACAGCCUAGUUAGGGAUGAGACGUCAGCGUUCAGCUUGAGCAUCGGUUUACAUAGUGCGCUGGUACUGCGACUGCAUGGCAGGUGAAGUGAAACAUUAUAUUGCAAAUAUCUACAUGUCUUAUAUUAUUUUGCCGGUUAAAGACAUUCACACACUUUCUAAUAAGAAAAAGACAUGUUGAAAGGAAAAUGAUCAUUAGACAUUUCUCUGAUUGAGGAUUACAUGCUUGAGAUUUUAGCACUUUUAAUAGUCUCUUUACCAUUAAUCAUAGAGUAUCGUUUGUAUUGGUGGGAAUAAUCUUCGUCUUUAAUAGUUAAUCUACAAACACAUUUUUUUGAACAUACAGUAUUUGUACUGGUCGGUGCUGUUUCUGUCUAUUGUCUCUUGUUUAUUGUCUUUUUUGUAUGUUUUGUAUUGUCUUGUAAUUUUUUGUUUGCACUGUCUUU